AAGGGGCCCGGGACCGCAGCGUGGGUUUGAAGGCCGGGCCUGAGCUGCGCUCGCUUCCCUGAGCCACCGUCCCUCCCCGGAAGGACGAGGGGGGAAGCAUCCUCGACCUAAUAAUGAUCAAUAGUUAGAGCACGUACAUAGCGCUUUAAGGUUUUCAAAGCGCUUUCCAGAUAUCUCUGACCCUCUCAGCGACCGUACGAAGGAGGCGCUCUAUUUUACAGAUAGGUGUCUCCAAACAGGAAAUUCGUGAAAAGAUUUGGGAUUAUAUGGAAGCACAAAAUAUAGCUGACUUUCCAAGGCCUGUCCAUCAUAGGAUUCCUAAUUUCAAGGGGUCUUAUGAGGCCUGCCAAAAAAUCAGAGAGCUUGAAGCCUACUCCAGGAUGCAAGAAGUUAAAGUAGAUCCCGAUAAGCCUUUGGAAGGAGUUCGACUAAUGGUACUACAGGGCAGAAAGACUUUGUUGGUUCCUACACCACGAUUGAGAACGGGAUUAUUUAAUAAGAUUGUCCCACCCCCAGGAGCAACAAAAGAAAUCUUGAGAAAAUGUGCCACUUCUCAGGGCAUAAAAAACUAUAGUGUACCCAUAGGUUUGGAUUCCAGAGUCCAAGUGGAUUUGGUUGUGGUGGGAUCAGUGGCUGUCUCUGAAAAAGGAUGGAGAGUUGGGAAAGGGGAAGGUUAUGCUGACAUGGAAUAUGCAAUGAUGGUGUCCAUGGGAGCAGUCAGGGAGGAGACCCCAGUCAUAACCAUCGUGCAUGACUGCCAGGUGGUCGAUAUACCUGAAGAGCUGCUCGGUGAUCAUGAUCUAACUGUGGAUUACAUCCUCACUCCAACCAGAUUAAUCGUGACCGGCUGCACAAGGCCAAAGCCACAAGGCAUCCUGUGGUUCAUGAUCAGUGACGAGAUGAUGGAAAGAAUCCCAAUCUUAAAGAAUCUUCAUUUCCGAGAGAAGCAAGCAGGGAAAGAUGUCACCUUACAGAACGAACACUUGGCACAUGUGAAAACCAGCCACCAGCAAGCACCCCUCCAGAAAACUGGCCAUAUAGCCUCUCACAUGCCUUCAGACUCAACCCAUUCUGCCCAUUGGGACGAUGAGCACCGAACUUCAAAAACAGAAUCCUCUGGGGUCACCACCGUUUAUGUGGGGAACAUUCCUCUGGAUGCUAGAGUGAGCGAUAUGAAGAGGACUCUGAGAGAACAUGGUGCGGUGCCUUUGAGGCUGAAUUGGCAGGGAUCACAGGGCAGGGCUUUCCUUGAUUACAAGGACCAGGCUACUGCCAAGGGUGUCGUCUCUUCUUUAAAAGGCUUAACCUUUGGUGGGAAGACAUUAUGGGUUAAUUUAGCCAAGAAGCAAAAGAACAAGUGAAAGAAACCUUUGAGAGCAGGGGAUGAGAGCCCUUUCUCGUUGUUUUAUAAAGGUCCUUGCUGUAUUUAAAUAAUUUUCCUCACCUGAUGGUCAGUGACAUUGGAGGGACUCUGUGUGUGUGUGUGUGUGUGUGUGUGUGUGUGUGUGUGUGUGUGAAUCCCAAAGUCGGAGUACUCUGUGACUCACUUUGUGUUCUUGGAGAGAUCACAUUACUUCAGACCUAAGCUUCUUAAUCGAUAAACUUGAGAAGGAUGUCCCAGGGAUUUAUAGGACUUUAAUGAAAGCCUACCAUUUUUCUGAUGACUGAAAAAUAAAGUAUAAAGAUUGGAAUUUGUCCAUUGAAGAGAAGAAAAUUCACCUUAAAUCUGUAUGUUAAAAGAGUUUUAGGGGUUGAGGGGGAUAGGGAAGAGGAAAUAAAUGAUGUUAAAUAGCAGACUUUGCAAGUUGUCUUAUAAAGGGAACAAAGGGAAACAGCGACCCCAGGGCAAUCCUAGAAAGAAAACAGUGAAUUGGGAGGAUGAAUAGAUUCAGCAUCAGCAAAGCUAACUUGGGGCUUUGCUCAGACGACACUGCUGGCAUUUGCAACAGAACUGGCCGAGUCUGCCCAAUUCUUUACCUGUAUCACCUUUAUAGCCCACAGUCCUCCUCGGUGGGCCCGGUGCCAUCCAGAGGCUAAGCUUAUGUGUGUAGUUAAAGCAGGAAAGUUGAGCCUUUAUAGGGAUAUACUGACUUUGAAUAAUGGAUUUGGAAAAAAUAACAACAACAACAAAACCCUUCACAUACACAAGCUUGCUUAAUACCUCAUCAUAUUUUCUCUCCAGUUCCCUGUUCCUGAAAAACAAGCUGGAUUUUGGCUGAACUGUACUUUCUAAACAGAAGCACUUUUGCAAUUGAUCCUGGGCAGAAAGUCAAAAUAAGCAUCCAAAGGGACAUUUUAUUAUUAUUUUUUAAAUGUAUAUGAGUUGGAAAUGUUUUUUCAGCCAGAGGGUAUUGCUAAGUGUAUUUUAAGUAGAUUAUUAUGCCUCCAGAGGGUCAGGUCUUUAAUACAGCAUUGAAAAAACAUUCUCAAACCUAUCAAGUUUUCCCUAAGGGGGGAAAAAACUUCUUAAGAAAUAUUUUGUCCCUAUUUUUAUAAUAAAAAUAAAGAAGAUACUUUGGAGAGAAA